AUGGAAGGUGGAAGGAAGUGGAGGGAGCACGGCCACGCUUUGUACCCACCACGCGAGAAGCCACUGAAGGACAUCGUCACUAACUACUCUUCCUUGACGGGCAGUAAUAAGUGGCUGCUGUCCCCCAUCAUGCUACUCGUCUUCCGACAGGUGCUUCAAAGCUCGUGGUCCAUGGUGAAAUACUUCAAGCAGGACUUAGUCAAGACUCUGGAAUCAAAUUGGGGAAAUCAGACGGGUGCGUGGGAGGAUUUACUCAAGCUCGUGCAAUCCGCAUCUGCCUUGUCGUUUGCGGUGCGAGCACCCUCCCACAACGACGAGGAACUGCAACAGCUCCACAAGCAUGCGCAAGACAUGGUGCAUGUGGCGAAGGAAGUUAUCGGGAAGGACGGCGUGAGGCCUUCAAUGCACAGUACCCUACACUAUUCGGAAGCCGUGAAGAACCACGACCCAAUGGCCUCCUCCUCCUUUUGCUGA